UCAUACGCCGUAAAGGCUGAAUUGGGGAGGUACGCGGUGCACGGAAGCGAGCUAAGAGAGCCGUUGUUGUCGAGCCAGACAGCACGGAUCUACAAGCCGCAGGCUCGGGGUAGGUUACUCCCGAGAGCCGCGAUAGAGCUCACAUAGUUGGCGUGCGUGUAGAUGCUGCAGACAAACGGACGGCUGCACAAGUGAGACAAUGACCGCGCAAACAGUGCCUUGGGCACUGCUCUGCCUCGCCGCCCUGGCUGCAGUGACGUCCGCUCAAGAAGGAGUUCGAGGACAGAAUCAAUUUGAAGAAUCUAUGCUAUCGAACCAACAGGACAUAGCUGUAGCGGAUGAGAAAGCAGGACCAGCUUACGCUGCGCAACCCAUGGGCAUGGGCAUGGUAUCGGGCGUGCCGGGACCACGUGGACCCAUCGGACCGCCCGGACAACCGGGCCCUCAGGGAUUCCCGGGACCACGCGGAGAGCCUGGAGACCAAGGACCGCCUGGCUCAACAGGCCCGCGCGGUACCCCUGGCCCCAUGGGACCUUCAGGCUUGGAUGGUGACGAGGGGCUGAUGGGAGAGACCGGCCCACCCGGACCCACCGGAAACCCCGGAGACUCCGGCCGCCCAGGGAUCCCAGGACUUCCAGGACCGAAGGGACAUCGGGGUAUGCCCGGCCGCCAGGGAACACGGGGAUUAGAGGGACGUUCCGGAGACAAGGGAGAGGCUGGCCCAGUAGGCGCUCCGGGCACUACAGGACCUAUCGGACCAGCGGGCGCUCCCGGCGAGCGGGGAAGGGAUGGCUCUCAGGGCGCCUCGGGAUUGCCCGGUACGGACGGCAAAAGCGGAGAGCGUGGGCCACCGGGCAAUAUCGGACCACCCGGACCUCCAGGAUUCCCGGGCGCUAAUGGCGCCAAGGGAGAUGCAGGACAGAACGGACCACGUGGAUUGAUCGGUUUACCCGGCCCGGACGGCCAAAACGGAAGCCCCGGGCAGCCAGGAGAGCCAGGGCCCUCAGGAAUGCCAGGUGUUGACGGGGAUCCAGGCUCAAAGGGUGACCAGGGCAACGCAGGACAGAGCGGCGCAACGGGUUUCCCCGGACCACAGGGACCACCGGGACUCUCAGGGGCCGCUGGGGCGCCUGGACCCAAAGGAGAAUCUGGCAAGGACGGACUUCCGGGCGCCACUGGGGAACCAGGCACGCGUGGGUCGCCAGGAAAUACGGGCGACAGGGGCCUUCCCGGUCUUGCCGGCUCUCCAGGAAACAGGGGCCCAGUUGGAGCACAAGGAACUCCCGGACCUUCAGGAAACCAGGGAGAACCGGGAGCACCAGGUAUGCAAGGCGUGCCAGGGGCAUCGGGACCCCCGGGCAUCCCCGGCCAUGACGGAGAACGCGGACCUGACGGCGAGAGGGGCGAGCAGGGUGCACCGGGCCAACAAGGCUCGAUGGGACCAGUAGGACCGACCGGACCCAGGGGUAUCUCUGGCCCUUCCGGAAACGACGGCCGCCCGGGACCUACCGGUUCUCCGGGGCCGGCAGGCGAGAGUGGGAAGGACGGUGAGCAGGGGACGCAGGGACCGCCAGGUAUGCCGGGGUCAUCCGGAAUGCCAGGACCCAAAGGAGACCAGGGAUCAGACGGGCGAUCAGGUGAGAGCGGACCCCCAGGGCCACAGGGACGAAGAGGCGAGAGAGGAAUCCAGGGCGAGCAAGGAAUAAUCGGACAACCGGGAACAGGCGGACCGAGCGGCGAGGUCGGGGAGCCGGGCAGACAAGGAGAACAGGGUAUUGCUGGGCCCUUAGGACCGCCUGGUGUGCCUGGUGAGAGCGGAAGAGCCGGGGAGCCCGGAGAGACGGGGCCGUCAGGAGAGCCUGGCGCGCCGGGGGAACGGGGUAACUCAGGUUUUCCGGGCGAGCCAGGAUCCCCUGGACAGAGGGGCGCCUCGGGUGAGCGGGGACCGCAGGGUGUGCCUGGGGAAUCGGGACCAGAGGGACCGGACGGGCCUCCUGGGCCACGCGGUGAGCCAGGUACUCAGGGACUCUCUGGAUUACCCGGCGAGCCGGGACCACCGGGAAGUGUAGGACUCAAAGGAAACCGAGGUUCGCCAGGCAGUCGCGGAAACGACGGAGUACCGGGUGAGUCCGGCGUCAUGGGCCCGGUUGGACCCCCGGGGCAAACGGGGCCUCAGUCCUUCAUCAAACCGGAAAAGGGCGACCGCGGUGUUUCCGGGGAGCCGGGUUCUCCAGGUGUUCCUGGCGAGGGCGGCGUCAUGGGUUUCGCUGGAGAAACGGGAUCGGUCGGUGCACCUGGGCCCUCGGGUCCGCCAGGUGAGCCAGGAGCUCCCGGAGAGACGGGCGUGCCGGGAAUGAGAGGAGACCGCGGUAAUCCAGGCUAUACAGGUGAACAAGGAAUUCGCGGAGAACCGGGCCUGCCAGGCGGGGAGGGACGCAAGGGAGGACGCGGCGAUCAGGGGCAGGUGGGGCUGACGGGAACCCCGGGAUCCCCAGGACGCCAGGGACCAACCGGUGUGGACGGCGAACCCGGGUCUGUGGGAUCCCCAGGGGCAACGGGCUCUCCAGGACCUAUUGGCUCACGAGGAGAAGUCGGACCGCCAGGCCCGCCUGGAAAGGACGGAGCACCGGGGCUGAAUGGCCAGGACGGACAGACGGGCGACAGAGGAAAUACCGGACCACAGGGACUGACGGGCCCACCAGGUGUGCCAGGGCCGCAAGGAGAACGCGGAAUGACAGGAUUCCCUGGCCUCCAGGGCGCCCAAGGACCAUCAGGACCAUCAGGAGAACCGGGAAUGCCGGGCGAGGAGGGCCGGAACGGUGCAGACGGCAAGCCAGGACUCCCAGGUGCUCCAGGACCAAUGGGGCUAACCGGAUUUGAGGGAGAACAGGGACCACCAGGACCAGCGGGUCAGGACGGCGGACCAGGCGCUCCUGGGCGGCCUGGAGAAAAAGGCGACAGCGGGUCCGUUGGACAGCCAGGCCUCCAGGGUCAACCCGGACCACAAGGACCCCCCGGUGCAAGUGGCAUGGCCGGGGCACAGGGCGAGCGCGGGGAACGAGGUGAGCGGGGAGGUUCCGGUCCCAUGGGCGCUCCAGGAAACCAGGGUCCACAGGGUGCCCCUGGCUCUAAUGGCGAGAAAGGUGAUGCUGGACGGCAGGGGGGAAAGGGCGACAAGGGUUGGCCUGGUAUGCCCGGUCUUCAAGGACCACCAGGACCGCCUGGCCCCUCAGGGGAGUCAGGCCGGCAAGGACCUCAGGGACCACCUGGACCACAGGGCCAGGCCGGCUCCCGAGGCUCAAACGGCAAGGACGGACCGCAGGGACCAGUUGGAUCCCCAGGACUCAGUGGACCACGCGGUCCACAAGGUAACGACGGCCCACAAGGUCAAUCCGGCCCAGCAGGACCACCAGGACCACCAGGCCCACCUGCAUACGCGCCUCAGUACCAACAGGCCGCAUACGCUAACAACUACAAGGGACCCGCCGACUGGGAGUCUGGUUAUCAGUAUGACCAACCACAGGCUGACAUGGCCCCGGAACCGGACGAGGAUGUACUCGUGAACCUGAACUUCAUUCUGAACGCCAUCGAUUCUAUGAGGCGGCCGCUAGGCACCAAGGCGGCACCAGGACGCUCGUGUGAACAUAUCCGCCGCACUAGCACUCUGGCGCUCAAAGACCACGGUGAGUUCUACAUUGACCCCAGUGACGGCAGUUUUGAUCCAAUCAAAGUUAAUUGUAUUUUCCACGAGAGAUACGCUGAAACGUGCAUCUCGAGCCAAACACAGUUCGGAGAUUACCAAAAGUUCAAGGGGCGAACGACGGCAGUUUGGAUGUCGGAGCACGCUACCGGAAAAGAGCUGAAGUACACUAUGCCGUCGAGACAGUUGGCUAAGCUACAGCUGGAUAAUGACAUUGCCACUCAGACGUUCACGUUCCGCUGCCAGAAUACCUUGAUUGCCGGCGCCCAGAUGAUGGCUAACGACGAGAACGUUCAGUUUAUCGAUACCUCCUCACCCCGAUACCUCAGCUCCACUUACAUAGAAAAGAUUGCGGACGACUGCUCGAUGGACACUAAUAAGUGGGGUAAGGCCGUGUAUAAGCUCACGACGAAGCGGCCGGCAGUUCUUCCGGUGACAGAUAUCCUUCUGUAUCCCGUGGGUGAUGAGAACCAGAAGGUGGAGCUGCAGGUCGGAGAGGUCUGCUUCCGGCACGACCUGUAACCAGCUAAACCAAGCCGCACUAUACUGAUUGUUGGCUUGUCGUAAAUGCUUUGUGUAAUAUACGAAACAUCUAAAGUCACGGAAUAUUGACUUGUUCCACAAAAAGAAGGAACAUCACUAGAAACUAUCAGUACUGAAGGCCGUCAAUCUAAAAUGGUGUUAUUGUAGUUGUUUGAAAUAUCGAAUAGUUGUAAAUAACCUACUUAAUGUUAAUUCAGCAUAAGACGGCUUGUGACAAUUUGUUUAUUAUGAUAAAAUGUUUCAAAGCAAAUGUGGAUAAUGAUAAGUGUGAUCACGCAAGGGGAGAAUCCAGGGACGCAGAGAUAUCAGUAAAAACGCCCAUCGUUCAUGUCCACCCACUCUCUCCGGGUGGGAAACACGCUUACACAAUUGAUCUCGAUUAGGUAGAUUUUCAUGAUGAGUGGUAGAUGUUGUUAUUUGGCCAUAUGUGACGAAUUUUCAAUCAGUAGCCAUUUCAGUAUAAAUCAUGGCAACUUUCCCUGUCUUGGCUAUGUUUUGAAAAUUCAAGCGCAGAUACUGUGAGGACAUCAUUUUUGAACUUUAUCAUGGCAAACUAACCGGAGUAAUUUCUUCUUUCUGAAGAAUGGUAGAUGCACUGAUACUAAAUAGUUUAUGAGCCCAUCUCUAUCCGUCCAUGUAUAUGUUUUGAUCUGUGUUAUUGAUGACACGUGUUGUACGUGCGUAACUUAUUCUUAAACGUCGUCUGUAACUCGGAUAAUCAAUGAGGUGUGAUCAGGGGCCGGGGCGGCGGGCGGCAAAUAGGCCGUCGUUAAAAGACUCUAAGAUGCGGCAGUGGAUGCUAGUCUUGUUGCACGCGGCCAUUUUUUUGCAAACAAUAUAUAUCAUCUUACCUACUCGGCGUCUGGAAAACAAACAAUACAAAACAGAAGCUCUUUUAGCAGAAAGUUGAUGCCAUUCAACACAUGUUUUUGUAAUUUAUAGAGCUGUUUUUAUUAACACUGGCAGCAAUUUUUAUGACUUGAAGUCUGGAACUGAAAGAUAAGACGCCGGUGUUGUAACAUGAGAACUAUGUGUGUGACUCGGUGAGCCAUGAAGCUCAGCGGACCGCCUCACGUGAGAGCAUCUAGGCCGGGCAUCCGGGUCGUGAGAGACAGCAGUUUUUGCCGAGCCUUCCCUCAGCUGCCACCUGCAAACCUGGCGUCGCUGAUUUAUUGCCGACUCGUGCAUUACCCAUGUAUAUGUUCAUAUGUUUACUAUAAUUUUCAUUUCAAUUUGUUUCACUGGCAAAGAACUUAUUAUGUUCUUUGUUGUGCGAACAUGUGUUAUCUAGCUUGUAUAGUCGACUGCGCGAGAAGGCAGCCCUUCAUGUCGGUGUUACAUGCAUGGUCAUUGAAGUCAUUCCCUCUAUGAAGGCUUUACGCAUGCGCGCCGCGAGGUCUCCACUUCCUGGUAGACACGCGAGUGUGCACGAGGAAUUGAAGCACGAUUUGGUCUUUCUGUGAUGAUAAGGUGCUUCCAUAUGUGAUAUUUUAUGUUUCAGUAUUCAAAUACUUUUUUUUAUAUUUUGCUUUGCCAAUGAUAUGUAAUUAUUCGUAUAUUAUUUUUGUAAAAGUAUACUUCUAUCAAUUGAACAUGUACCAUAAAGUACUCAUUUUUAGUUUCAUCCAAGAUGAUGGUUUGACUUAAGCUAAAUAUUUUUGUUUUCUCUUUUUGAAAAUGCCUCAUUCAAGGUUGUUUUUCUAUGCUUUUUGUUUCUUUUGUUUUGUUGAAAUGUGAAUGAAUGUGUGAACAUGCGGAGUUUUUGUGUCAGCUGAUAUAAAAACAAUAAACAUAUUAUAAGA